UUGGCCUUCGAUGAAUACAGAUAAAUACCAAAGAUACGGGGGUCAUGCAGUAUGUAUAGAAUUUAUCUUUAAUAACGAACUGAAAUAUGUAUUUAAACAUAAUGUAAAAUGCGCGUGCGCAAGUCGCUCUCGUUCUGAUUCUGUCCCAUUACAGACAGUACCGCGUCGUGUUUAUACGCGUACGGACGUAUAAAAAUUAAAUAUUUUAGUAAAAAUAUUCAUAUUUUUAAUUUUUUUAUAUGAAAACAUUUAUCGAAAGCAGUAAACAAAAAAAUCCCAAUAUUUAACAUUUAAAUAAAAAAUAUUCACCAGCUACUUUUAAAUAUAAAACCAUAAUUUUGAAGUACAGUAUAAGUGUGAUGAAAAUUAUAGUGAUAUAACAAACAGGGUUAACUAUUAUGAGUUCAAGAUUUUUAAUCUGCUGAUUAAUUGUUAUAAAUGAAAAUGUUUAAAUAAAUUUCAAUUUAAUUAAUUUACGACGCAAACAGUAGCAACGAUACCUAACAAAACGUGACAUUAUUUGAAAAGGCACAAACCAACAAAAAGAAAUAACGUAAACAACACAGAACAUUCAAUAUAACUUUUUCAAAAAGAUAAAUAGGAUUUAUUUGAAACUGGCUCUCGAACAAUGGCGUCUGUUCCCGACUCCCCGACAUCUAGUAGCACAUCAGAUGACACUACCUCAACAACCCCGGGACCCGAACCUAUAAAUAAAUUCAACUUUCUAAAACACGCGAAAAAUGCAAGAAGCAAUCCAUUCGUGAGAGCCCGACCGACUUUGAAUAGGGAGAGUUCGACGGCCGAACUCUUUACAAGAGAAAAUUCUAGUUCUGACUUUUUUCAAAAUUCAAGAUUAAACCUUUUCGAUGCUGCGCCGAAACCGGAAGGUACUCAAGGAUAUGGCAAGGGCGUUUCGUUUAUAGGAUGGCACCAGCGAACAAAGUUAGAACGAGUGCUGUUAGUGACGACUGCUGUACUUUUCGUCGCGGUAAUUUUAACUACUGGCGUGCUCUUGACUCUUCGUAGCCCUUCGUAUAUACCAGUGCUGCCGUGCUACCAACCUGAACCUAAAGAGGAAAGCAGCGUCUGUCUGUCCAGUUCCUGUAUUUACACAGCUAGUGAAGUCAUAAGAGCCCUGGAUGAAAAACAAGACCCAUGUGAUGAUUUCUAUGAAUUUGCAUGCGGUGGUUGGAUAAGAAACAACCCUAUACCCGAGGGCAAAUCUAGUUGGGGUAUUUUUAGCAAAAUCGAACUUCAGAACCAGCUCAUUAUCAGAUCGGCAAUAGAAAAAAUUAACGCUACCGAUCCAAAGAGCGCAGAAGUGAAAGCACGCGUCUAUUAUGACGCUUGUAUAGAUACAAAUGAAACUAUAGAAAAAUUAGGGGAAAAACCUUUGAUCAGCGUAAUAAAAAAACUGGGUGGAUGGCACUUACUACCGAAUACUUUGAUAAAACAGCGCAAAUGGGACUUGCAAGAGUUGCUUCAGGAUGUGCAAAAUACGUACAAUUUAGGCGGACUUUUUAACUGGGCUGUUACUGAAGAUGAUAGGAACUCGUCGAAGCAUGUGAUUGUUCUUGAUCAAGGCGGGUUGAACCUUCCAACUCGCGACAAUUAUCUGAACAGAACAGCGCAUAAAAAAGUCUUAGAUGCCUAUCUAGAUUACAUGACUAGAAUUUGCGUUCUACUUGGAGCUAAUAAAACUGAAGCGCGUGCGCAAAUGAACAAAGUCAUUCUAUUUGAAACUGAACUAGCCAAUAUUACUAUACCUGCUGAGGACAGAAGGGAUGAAGAGGGGUUAUAUAACCCUUAUACUGUAAAACAAUGGCAAAAAGAGGCACCAUUCCUGAAUUGGUCGAUGUUCUUCAAUGAUGCGUUUAAGCUUGUUAAUAGAACUAUACCAGAUAAUGAAAGAAUAGUGGUUUACGCUCCUGAAUACUUUAAAAAUUUAACAAAGCUUAUAAGAAAAUACAGUAAAACGGAAGAGGACCAAAAAACUCUCACAAGCUACAUGAUGUGGCAAGUGUCCAGAUCUCUUUCUACAUAUUUGUCUAAAUCUUUCCGGGAUGCCACAAAGAUCCUAAGGAAAGCUCUCUUUGGUUCUGAAGGCACAGAAGAGUCUUGGCGGUAUUGUGUCACUGAUACUAAUAAUGCUAUCGGUUUUGCAGUCGGCGCGAUGUUUGUCCGUGAAGUGUUUCACGGUGAAGCAAAAACGCAAGGUGAAAUAAUGAUUGAUAAUAUACGUGCAGCAUUUAAAAAACAUCUCAAAUAUUUAGACUGGAUGGACGCUGAAACUAGAGAGGCAGCUGAAACUAAGGCAGAUGCCAUAACUGAUAUGAUAGGAUUCCCCGAUUAUAUCUUGAACAAAGAAGAGUUAGACAAGCAGUACGAAGAGUUAAUUGUAAAACCAAACGAGUACUUCGCGAAUAACAUCGAAUACAACAUAUUCAGCCUAAAACACGACCUUAGUAAACUGGAUCAACCUGUCAAUAAAACUAAAUGGGGAAUGACUCCAUCAACUGUUAACGCUUAUUACACACCGACCAAGAACCAAAUAGUGUUCCCCGCUGGCAUAUUACAGUUACCUUUUUAUGACGGCGAUAACCCUAAAAGUGUAAACUAUGGCGCUAUGGGAGUUGUUAUGGGCCACGAACUGACACACGCUUUUGAUGAUCAGGGACGAGAGUAUGACAGAUUCGGCAACCUUAAUCGUUGGUGGAACAACGCAACGAUAAAUAAAUUUAAGAAACGAACCGAGUGUAUUCAGGAUCAGUAUUCUAAAUAUAAGAUGGAAGGACAAAACUUGAAUGGCAAGCAAACUCUAGGUGAGAAUAUAGCAGACAAUGGCGGUCUCAAAGCCUCAUUUCACGCCUAUCUUGAAUAUAGCAAGAACGCAAAAGUCAAUCUUACAUUACCUGGUUUGAAGUAUAAUCAUCGACAGCUGUUCUUUAUAUCUUUCGCACAGGUAUGGUGCUCGGCUAUGACCAAAGAAUCUACGAAGAUGCAAAUAGAAAAGGACGAUCAUACUGUCGCAAAAUAUAGAGUGAUUGGUCCAAUAUCAAACCUACCAGACUUUUCGCGUGAAUUUAAUUGCCCCUUAGGUUCUAACAUGAACCCUAAAUCAAAAUGUGAAAUUUGGUAGAUUACCAUAAAUGGUGGUUUACAUAACGCUUCAGCUACGCUGAUACAUCAAACGCAUACAAAAUUUAAAAAAAAAUUAAAACAUAGAUUAUUAAACGUUAUUUUUUAUACAGUCAAUACAAAUACAUAGACGGUUGAGUAUAUUUCUUUAAAGACUAGUUUUAUUUA